AUGGCGAAAUUAGAAGACCUGAAAGAAGUACUCAAAGAAACUUUAGAGAAUCGAGGAGUUCUCGGGCAAGUUCGUGCAAGGAUAAGAGCAGAAGUUUUCAAUGCUUUAGAUGAACCAUCUGAAAUGAAGCCAACACUCUCAAACGAGAACUUCCUAAUAAAUGAACUCAUACGAGAAUAUUUAGAAUUUAACAAGUAUAAGUACACAAGUUCUGUGUUAACAGUCGAGACUGGGCAACCAAAAGACCAAAUGGACAGAAGAUAUCUCAUUCAGGAACUUAAUAUUGAUGAUGAUUCAGAGCCUAACAAAAUACCUAUUUUGUAUGGCUUGUUGUCACAUUUUUUACAAAGAGGAAAGAGCUCGUCAAAAGCUGCCAACAAGACAGGUGAAAGACGCGCUCCGGGAUCAAAUAAAGAACCGACAAAUUUCUCAUCUUCAGAAGAACUGAGCAAAGAUGAUGAUAUCAAUCCUAAACGUGAUUAUUUUAUAACUUAUAAAAAUUAA